AUGGAAUCUCAAGAUAAUUUGCAAACAAGAACAGCAGAUGGACAAUUGUGUUAUCCUCGAUGCUCAGAUUCUAUUAAACCGUAUGUUGGCAUGAUAUUUCAAACAUUGCUUGAAGCUGUGAAGUUUUAUAAGGACUAUGCAGAAGCUUGUGGUUUUGAGCCUCGCAUGAGCACUAAUAGGAAAGCAAAAGAUGAAACAAUAACCAGACAAUAUGUUGUGUGUAACAGAGAAGGAGUAUGGGAAAAGCUUAAAGCACCAGUCUCCCGCAUCAAUGAUUCAACGUCUAAGAAGAGGAAGACAACCUCUUGCAAGAUUGAUUGUAAAGCCAAAGUGAUAUUCAAGCUUGCGAUGGGAACAUGUUACAAGAUUACUGAAUUUGUUGAGGGACAUACACAUUCCAUGGUUCCUAUACCAGCAAGAGAUGUCAUGCCAAGUAACAGGAAUGUGGAUGAAUUCCAACAAAGAUUCAUACUUUCUGGUAUAAAGGCCAACAUUGGUCCAAUGCGUUCGUUCAGAAUGUUCAGAGAGAUUAUGGGCAGUUAUGAAGGAAUUGGAUGCACGGGUACUGACUUCAAGAAUUUUGUCAGGGACUUGAAGGUGCACUCCAAAGGAUCUGAUGCACAUAUGAUCUUGGAGACAUUUACAAAUAGGCAAGAACUUGGAAAUGGAUUUAAGUUCUUCCAUGAUGUCGAUGAAGACAAUAAAUUGUGUAGAAUUAUUUGGGCUGAUGAGACGUCGGUUAAGAACUUCAGUUUGUUUGGAGAUGCCGUGUCAUUUGAUGCUACCUAUAAUACCAACAGGUACAAGUUGAUUUUCACCCCAUUCACUGGCAAAGAUAAUCAUGGGAAAUGCGUCUCAUUUGGAGCUGCGCUAAUAUCUCAUGAAGACACGGAGUCGUACGCUUGGGUGUUGGAUAGGUUCGUUCAAAUAAUGGGAAAUGCACCGAGGAUUGUAAUAACGGAUCAAGACCCAGGUCUCAAAAAAGCGGUUGCAUCCUGUUGGAAAGAAACACACCACAGGUUUUGCAUGUGGCACAUAAAUAUCAAAGUUGUUGAGAAAUUGCCACCGAGAUUGAGAGAAAAUACCGAUUUCAAAACAACAUAUGAUAAUAUUGUCUGGACUGACGACGAUGAUCCGGAUGUUUUUGAGGAAAAAUGGAAUAACAUGAUUCAGGAGUUUGAGCUCUCUUUAAAUAAGUGGUUCACUGACAUGUUCGAAGACAGAUCAAUGUGGAUUCCUGCGUAUUUUAGACAUGUAUCCAUGAGCGGCAUAUUUCGUACCACUUCAUCAUCCGAAAGCGAGAACAGUUUUUUCAAGAGAUUCAUCAACAAAACUUCUGAUCUGGUAUUACUUUAUACCAAUUAUUGCAGUGGUGUUGAUGCGCAGAGGUAUAACUACAAAUUGUCAACUCACAACGACGAGACACGUAGCCCUAUGAUGGUCACUAACCUUCCCAUCGAACGCAAUGCAUCAGUGGUCUACACUAAAUCUGUCUUUAAAGAUGUACAGGAUGAAAUAGAUCAUGCAAGCAAGGCGUGUGGAAUGCAUAAGAUGUACUCCGAAGGGAACAUCACUAUCUACGAGGUGGAUGACAAGCUUGAUGGUGUUUUCUUGGUGCGUCACAUGAAGUCCGAGGGCGAAGUGGUCUGCAGUUGUAAUUUAUUUGUUAGGAAAGGUAUACCCUGCAAGCAUAUGUUUUUCGUAUUCCGGAAUUUGAAUCUUGACAAUAUUCCUCAAAAGUACCUUGCCGUGCGGUGGUGCAAAUUUAGCAUUUUAUGCCCCAAUGAUUCAUAUAAUUUACAGUGUAGUAGCUCCAAACAGCCGACAUCAGGUUGGGAAUUUCGUAUUUUUAAGGCUGUUAGUGAGACAAUUGCACAUGUUAGAGGCAAUGAGGAGUUGUCGGAGGAAUUAUACAACAAUCUCAUUGAACUUCGAGAUAAGUUUGCGGAGAAUGGAGCAACAAGCACAACUGCAUGCUCAAAGACCAGGUUGUUUAAUGAAUUUUAUGGUUCAGCACCUACAGAUUCACCAACCGUGCUGCCUCCUGACAUAGCCAAGACCAAAGGAAGUGGCGUAGGUGGACGCAGAAGAUCGGAACAAGAGAAGGCCAUGAUUCUCGCACAGAAACCUAAGCGUCUUUGCAGAAAAUGCAAAACUUGGGGACAUCAUGACUCCAGAAACUGUCCGACAAAAGUCGCAGACUCAUGA